AUGGCGGGAAGAUCGUCCGGUUCGAAGGCCCCAGAAGUGCUGUCGAAGAUCAGAGGUAAUUGCUCGGUGCAUUUGAACUGGGGGGGAAGGGUCGAAGAAAUUUUUUGUGGUUGUAUUGAGUGGCAGAGGUGUGAAUUUCGGAUGUGUAUGGAGGAUAUCUGCAGGCAUCGUUCGCUCCUUGGUCGUGGAUCUCUGCAACAAGCGCCUCCCCUCGGUUGUGCUUGAUCGGUAUAGGACGUAUUGCAUGGAUUCAUCCGGUAAUUGGUACGUUCGCUUAAAUAAAUCACUGGACUCAUUUCUGUGCGGCAAUGAGCCUUUCACUCUUAUGCUGCCGCAUUAUUUGGUCAUCUGCAUUUUUCACGACUUGAAUUCCUGAUGACGGGGGAAUUUCCCAAGGGAAGUCAAUGUUUCCUUUUCAUGUUUUGUAGUUGGGGAAUUUUUGUAUGUAUUUCUCGCCAAAGCUUAUCGUCGAAUGGAAUUCGUGGCUCUGGAAGCACGACUUUAUAAUCCUCGAUAUCAAAUACGCACUCCGUCGAGUUCUGCGCUGUUAUAUGAACUCUCUCUCUCUCCCUCUCUCUCCCUCUCUCUCUCUCUCUCUCUCCUCCGCCUCCGGUUCGACGCUUGGUCGCUGGCUCUGUUCAAUGGAAAUGCAGGAAAAGUUAUCCCAGGAAGGCGGGAAAAAAUUCCCAUCGGUCGGCUAAACAUUGACGUGGUUACACAUGCUAUCCACUGGGAUUUGGUGCCUCCAUCGACUCUAAAAUUGGCAAAAGAAUCAGAAGUCGUAGUGACUAUGGGGAUUUCAAUGAUCAUGCGGAGAGGUCCAUUGAAAAAUGAAUUUGGAAAGUGAUAUCUGAAUAUAAUCGUCGUUAAGGUCUACUUUGAGUGAUCAUUUAACGUCUACUUAGAUUUAAUCUCCGUUUCCUUUCCCGUGCAGCCAUUGCAAUGAAGAUAUUUCUCAUGGAAAGGAGGCCAUCUCAUUUUACAAGGAAAGCCAUGCUCAGAGAUUGGGUGAGUAAUUUUUUUGCUAUCAAACCUUGCCUCUUCUAGUCUUCUUUCUUCAUGAUUAUUUUACUGUCUAUCAGAUAUCAUGCUUAGGGUGUUGCGAAUCAUCCAGCAACUCCUGCAAGAAAACAGGCAUGGAUCAAAGAGGGACAUAUAUUACAUGCAUCCAUCCGUGUUCCUGGGUAAUUUUUAUUUAUCGCGUAAUACCCGAGCGACAUGAACUUAAUUUUGCCCUCUUUCAAAUCUAAGGCAUGUGAAUAUUUGUUAGUUUUUUUGUCCACUGAGAAACAUAGAUCCAAAGAUGAAAUUACGAAAUAGGUAAAUGGUCACAAAUGUCAGUGCGUGCGGUCCAAUACCACUGUAGGUCCAACCUGUUCUUAAACGUGGAAAAACCGAAGUUUUUUCCAAAAAAACUGAAACCAGUAAGCAUAUGUUAAGGGACAGUAAAAAAAGUCAUCCUGGAAAAAAUCAAUUGAUUUCAACGCUGCCUUGAAAUCAGCCUGUAAACUAUUCCGAAUCUAAUGGAGCUGGUUUUUAACUGACCCAAAGUCUUGGCCGAUGAAUUUUUCAAAGGCUAUCUUUCUACAGCUAAUCUCAAUCUGAGAGGGGAGAGUGGUUCUAUCAUACCCUGGUAAAAAUGGAUUUUUAUUUUAUUUUAUGUUCUUUGGAUGUCAUAGACUCUGAAGAAAAGCUUAAAAAGGCUAUUCACAUGACACCCUUAAUAUAUAGGCCAAUCGGAUGUUGAAUCUUGCCUGCAUGUUUGAGUUUAAUGGUUUGCUUCGGUUUUCAAUCAUCAUCAUGCUUGCAGUUCGUGUAUAUAGAUACCGUUAACCUUUUACAACAGUUGACUCUACCUUUAACCUUUUUAAAGCACACAUAGACACACAUGAAACUGGAAAAUACCAACUCAAGCCUUGGUGGUUCCCCGCAUAAACUGCUCGGCAAGCUCUUGGAUAUUUUGCUGAAAAAAUUGGUAUUUAGUUUUUUCCAAGGUUUUUUACUCAUUUUCAUUUCUUUAGAACUGGCGGCUUGUAAAUUGGUUACUUGGUAAAAUCUUACUUCAUCUGAUUUUAUAGGACAGUACAUGAUUGCCACAUGAUUAUACCCAGAAACGGAAUUAAUGUAGGCAGUAAAUGACAUCAUUCUAGUUAGAUCAUCUGUUAUUCUUGUUCCAGUUGUGAUUCAAUGGUUUUUCUGUUUCAAAUAUACCUAAUACUCAUAGGUAUGUGUUUCUCUGUGUUCCCUUUUUUGUUAUCUCGUGCACUGUUGUCAAAAUUGCUUGUCAUCUCAUGCAACCUUAUAUCUUGGAUGGACCUUUUUUUUUGCCUGUCGCAGAGCAAAAAGUUGUGGACCAAGCUAUCAAGGACAUAUGCAUCCUUUUGCAAUGCAGUCGUCAUAAUCUUAAUGUGGUACGCAUAACUGGAGAGAUAUAUUUUCCUCUUUGCCUUUUGUUCUUUCAAAGCUUUGAAAAUGUUCGGAGAUGACAGCAAAUGAAAAUGAAUUACACACGAACAGAUCUAGGAGGAAAGGACCGCCAAUGAAAGUUAUUAUGAGUCUGGAAAUUUUUAGGCCACAAUCUUCCUUGGCUCGGUUCAAGAAUGAUUUGUUUGAUUUCAGGUGUCUUAAGGUUUAUGAUUUUUUAAAUAUUACAAUGUCACGUGUAAAUGGAAUAAACGGAAGUGUAGUGCUAUGCUCUUAUACUCUUGUUCACUAUUUUAACUAUUUUAACUAUUUUAACUAUUUUAACUAUUAAGCCAAUCACCAUUUAUAUCCAUUUCGUCAGAAAGUGGAAACUACAAACUGGAUAUAUAUAUAUAUAUAUAUAUUAUUCUUGUCCGUUACUUUCUUCUUUUCUUACCAAUCUUCAACUCCACAUGUUUCAACAUGGAAACUAUCAAAAUGGCACUGUAAAUUGGAAAACAUGUCGCUUAUAGGUUUUUGAUUUAUGAAUUCGAGUUAAACCGGAUUAAUGUCAUAUCACAUGGCGUCACCUGAUGGUACGAAUUGUAAAGGAUUUAGCUUUCUUACGAAGAAUUUCAGUUUAUGGUUCAUUCAAUUUUAUAGUCCGCACAAAAUGGAGACGUGAGAUAUUUUCCAGCACCACGCGGAUAUUUCCUCAUCUGGAAUCGUUUCAUAUGAUCUCUAUGGUAUCAAUAGAGCAUGCCGAUAACGUGGUAAUGAUAUCAGUUUUCGUAUUUUUUGGCAGGUGCCUGUUGGAAAAGGGUAAGCAAUUACAAGUUCUAUCCUCUUAAUCUCGUUCAUGGGCAACGAAACUUGAUUAUUUUAGGUAUGCCACAGAAAAAUAAAUUAUUGAAUGAUUCUGGAUACCUAAUACUUUUAUAGGGCAAAUGCUUCAUUGUGUGAACUGACAACCAUCACUUUGUGCGUUCCAAUGUAAACGCAUGAAAUCUGUUUGGCACCCUCACUGCGGUCUAUACUACCAAGGUGCUUCAAAGACGAAACAGUCUGUAGAGAACGUGCUGGGAUUCAUUGAGAGACUAAUUGAAAACUCUCUCUCUCUCUCUCUCUCUCUCUCUCUCUCUCUCUUAAUUUUUUACUCAUUCAAAUGGUCAAGUGCAAACCUGGCCGACGAGGCAGAGAUUUACUGAUUCGCAGGCUGGACUGAGGCACCUUUACAGUUGGUUGGAAAAAUACUUUCUUUUCGGGCUAUCAUCUGCAUGUGCGGGCCAAUUCUUGAUCACUUGAACCAAGACCCAGCUUCGAUUACACGUAGAGAAUGAGCUUUAAGCAACGACUCUUGCAUAUUUUCUGUGCAAUGCUUUUCUUUUCUCCCAUCCCACCUACGAUGAUGAAUAUUUUUAAGUAUGACUAAAUGACUUCGCACAUGUCCUGGUUUGACCAUGCAUCCCAUCUAUUUUUUUCUUAAUUUAUCCAUGAUGUGAAUAAUAAAGCAAUGCAUUGUCCUAUGACUCGAUUUUGAAUGCUUCUCAUACUCUAGAUGUACACAAUCAGAAAAAAUAAAAUAAUCUCUGUGCAAUUGAGACGGCAAACUGGAUUUUAAAAGAUUCCGUGACAGAGGCUUUUAUCCUCUUUGAUUCAUGUUCGUUCUUUUUUCAAAUCUAGCUAUACAGAUUUAGGAAUUCUCUGAGCAAUCGACGUUAUGACUAAGAAAAUAAUUUUGAGAUAAAUUAUGAUUUAAGAAGUUUGAUCUCUGUAGAAGUGCUCUACACAGACGGGAGACUAAUAUGUACCCCCAUAUAGGACAGUCAACUGCUAAAGUUUUUUCUGGGGAAUGAUUUUCUCAGUAUAAAAUUUGGGAGUAUAAUUUUUAAAACGGCACGCCAUCAAGUAUAGAAUGAAAAAACUCCUCACAUUUAAAACGAUACGAUAUCCUAUUGAUUUUUUUUAUUGUUCUCCUUUUGGUUGAAGUCGAGAGGACCAUUUCGUUUUUGUUUUCCAUUUUCGAAACCUCUUGAUUCUUUUUCUAGAUUGCUGAUGGGCUGGGUGAGAUUCACAGAUGGUGAUAGGAGAUUUGAUUGCAUAAGAAGCCCUAAUACUGUAAGGAAUGAUCGUGGCGCCCUAUAUUUCAAUUCUUCAUUGUAUGAUUGAAAUUCGUUAAAGUAUUCUGCGUUGCAGGCCUAUCCUGUACCCGUGCAUGUGGAGGAUGUGGAAGGUACCCAUCUAUUUCAUGUUUAAGUUUCAUUCUAUGGGUUUUUUUAGAAACUUAAAAUUACUGCCGAAAAAACUUUCCGCCCGCAGCAAAUCCCCCUUUUCUUGUCAAAUACGAUGGUGUUGUUGAUAUUUAUCUUCAAAUAUGAAUCCAAAUUAUUCCUAUCUCAUUGUUUUCCCUCCUCAGAUCUCUUUAGUGUCGCCCAGUAUGUGCUUGUUGUAGAGAAGGAAACAGGUAAAGCCUCCAUCACUCCAGCCCAACUGAUUUCAACCUCUAGUAGCCGUAAGUUUGGAUAUUCAGGCUGCUCUUUUGAUCGUCUCCGCAGUUUUCCAGCGGUUGGCAAAUGACAAGUUUUGUGAGAAGAACCAAUGCGUAGUCAUUACAGUAAGCACACAUCCAUUUCUAGAAACCGUUAUUUCAUUUUUCCUAUACCGCCGAUCACCGUGAUGCAAGUAAAAUCUGCAGGGAAGAGGCUACCCUGAUGUUUCCACUAGAAGGUUCGGGUCAACCUACUAUCGUCCCAUUUUUCUUCCCUUUCAGGAAAAUUAUUGGCUUCUCGAACACAUCUUCCCUGUUCGCUUCGUUGUUUCUUCCAGGUUUUUAAAACGACUCGUCGAAAAUCUGUGUUUACCCGUCUACUGCUUGGUGGACUGCGAUCCGUAUGGUCUCGACAUCCUCAUGACAUACAGGUUUGGUUCCAUGGUGAGUCCCCUCUGGUGCCUUAUUUUUAUAUGGUCAACCAUCCCGUAGCCUCGUUCUCUAUGAAUCAUGGCAGCCUUUUCUAGUCAACCCAAAAAUUGACAGUCCCACAAACACCGUUCCUCGUGAGUUUUCUCCCCCCGUAUUAGCAAAAUUCUUGGAAAAUAUUAAUACCCCACUUGACGCUGCUUAUUCCCAAGCAAAUGGCCUUCGAUGCAAGCUUGAUGUGCGUCCCGGAGGUUCGCUGGCUCGGGGUCUUCCCCUCUGAUCACGAGAAAUACUCCUUGCCAGAUCGAUGUCUCCUUCCUCUGUCUCCUGAAGGUGAGGUACAUGGGGUUGCUUGGUCCACCUCCACUGGGUUCCAUAGUUUCUUCCACAUAUCCGCAACUGAUCUCGGUGUGAUCCAUCGUCAGAUAGGAUGAAGGCUGGGGCCAUGCUGCAGAGAUGCUACUUGCAGAAGAAAGCCCCUGAUUGGAGGUUCGAUUUUACCUGUGUCUUUUUGGCUAAGCUAAUUGGAAGCUACUGAACAGGUCGGGCCAUUUGUGGCAGGUUGGAGCUGGAGAAGAUGCUACAAGAUGGGGUGAAGUGCGAAAUCGAAGCUCUGUCUGUGGCUUCGUUUUCCUUCCUGUCAGAGGAGUACAUACCGGGCAAGAUUCAAGGUGGAGUGCACAUCUGA